UCUCAGGCCGUCUAAACGCAGAAUUUGCCAAUGGGAGAUUACCCUAAAAAAGAGGAGUGGGUCACAUAAACAUUGCAACGAACGUACAAUAAGUGGCAUCAUAAGCAGACCACCAGGAUAAAUUGAUAUUGCCGCUAUUGCAAUGGGACUGGGAGCAGCUAAGAGUGUGGAUUUGUCUCUCCCGAAGGAAGUUUAUCCGAAAGUCGUUUUACAAGUGGUUCAGAGACAUUGCAUGCUGGAGCAUCCUGAUCUCAACAAGAGGUGUUUAUCCUGUUCCUCCAGUCUCGUUCGCAUCCUGGGCAGAGAUGGAGGGCCCAGUCAGAUCGCCCUGUGUACCCAGUGCCCUCUCUCUCCACGAGUCUGCUGGUCCUGCCUAUCCCCCUUGCAGUCCUCUACUAUUGAAGCUACACCUGGAUGCUGCAGCAACAAGUCCUGCCAGCUGGUGUCCAGCCUCCUCAACUGUGAUCUGGUGACAGACCCUAAGAGCCAUGUUCGGGGCUGCCCAGAGUUCCGUGCCUGCCCCAGGUGCUACAGUCUGAUAAUGCACACGUCUGGAUGUAAAUACAUGUGCUGUUUCAGCUGCCAGAACCGCUUCUGUUGGAUCUGCUUACAGCCCAGUGAGGAGUGUGGGAAAGAUAAGGAGCUGUACUGGUCUCUGUACUGCUCUAAACCCACAGUAGGCAGGCAGGUGUUCACCACGUAGCACUUGUUAGUGUGCUUGCUGAAGGCAAGACCACUCUAGAUUUCUUACAUACUCUUAUUAUUAUUUGAUUUCUUUAGCAAUUAACAAUUUAAGCUAUGAACACGAAACCAACUUUAAAACAUACAAAUGGCCCCAAUAUUUUUUAUAGCAUUUAUACUUUUUGAACUACAACAACAUUUUUUAAACGAUCUCCAAUGGAUUUCAAUGGCAAUAAAGGGGACAUAAACUUGAAUGGUAAAAACAUAACAAAUUCUAGACGCAUCUCCUAUUUCACUGUUUAAGCUUUAAACACCUAGUCUGGCUGAUACCAAACUCGAAGUCCUCCUGACUUCUGAGUUUGGAAAGGCUGUUUUGAUGUCGGCACGAUGCGUUGAUAAUGAAGGGGUUGUGAUUUUACCGGUUGGUUCUCCUUCGUGUCUUUCUCACUCAAACACCCACAGGCACAGCAACACACAGCCCCCCCCUGCUUAAUUUCUGCGUGAAUAUUGCAUUAACAAAUUACCUCCUGUCCAGUCCAGUGAGUUACAGCUCUUCCUCGCCAUGUGGUCACGUGGGACGCGUCAGCCAGGUUAUUCAACACCAAACCAACAUUGAAAUGUGCAGACUGACCCAACUUAGAUUGCUUGCCUUCAGGUUUGUUUUAUACUUUUGAUACUUUUUGAACUAUAACCUUUUUCAAUUAGCAAAAAUUAACAUGGGUUUGAAUGAGAACCUUAGGAAUACACAGCUAUUCAAAAUGGUCCUGCUCUUUGGCCAAUUAAGCCAGAAGACCAACUUUAAAAGGUGCUGGCUAUUCUAACUUCAAAUCCUCUAAAACCUUUACAAACUAUUCAUACUUCAUUGUUUCAAUGCCAACCAUAAGAACAGUGGUAGACAUAUAAAAUGCUACUGCUCUUUAACUAUUUCAGCUACAACCAUUUUCAAAACGUUACUAUAAAAAUGUGCAUACAUUUGCAUAAAACAACCCACCAACAAUAAUACUAACUGUUGAGGUAGUCAGGUGAAGGUGAUCCGUUCGGCAUUCCCUCUUUACUAAAAUAUGCCUCUUAAAUAGGAAAAAACUUGACUCUAAAGUUAAGAAAUAACUGAAACGUUCUGUUGGCAACUGCAUGUUAUGGCAAAUUACUAGAUCAACAAAUCGAGAAACAGAACACGACCAUAGACCAAGUAGCUGCUGACUCGAUUAAAGUGAGUUUAGAGACACUAACAGAAAUUCGCAAUGAUAAUGUAUUGUGUGUAGGCCACUGACAAAUCUAAAUUGAAUGCAUUUUAAAUUCAGGCUGACAUAAAAGAAAUGUGGAAAAAGUCAAGCAUACUUUGAAGGAACUGUAAGAUCCUAAACUAAAACUGAAUCCUACAUGUACAAAUUACCUCAACUAACCUGUACCCCCGCACAUUGUAUCGGUACUGGUACCCCCUGUAUAUA